AUGAAGUCCUUUUGUGAUAAUGAUGAUAAUAAUCAUGGCAACACGACUAAUUUAUUAGGGUUUUCGUUGUCUUCAAAUAUGUUGAAAAUGGGAGGAGGAGGAGAAGCUCUUUACUCAUCUACGUCUUCUUCAGCUGCUACUUCAUCUUCUGUUCCACCACAACUUGUUGUUGGUGAUAACAGUAGCAACUAUGGAGUUUGCUAUGGAUCCAACUCAGCUACUGGGGAAAUAUAUUCUCAAAUGUCUGUGAUGCCACUCAGAUCUGAUGGCUCUCUUUGCUUAAUGGAAGCUCUCAACAGAUCUUCUCACUCAAAUCAUACUCAAGUUUCAUCUCCAAAGAUGGAGGAUUUCUUUGGGACCCAUCACAACAAUACAAGUCACAAAGAAGCCAUGGAUCUUAGCUUAGAUAGUUUAUUCUACAAUACCACUCAUGAGCCAAACAACAACACAAACUUUCAAGAGUUCUUCACCUUCCCACAAACCAGAAACCACCAUGAGGAAGAGACAAGAAGUUACCAGAAUGACCCUGGUUUGACACAUGGUGGAGGCUCUUUUAAUGUAGGGGUAUAUGGGGAAUUUCAACAGUCACUGAGUUUGUCCAUGAGCCCUGGGUCACAAUCUAGCUGCAUCACUGGCACUCACCACCACCAAAACCAAAACCACCAAAUUCAAAACCACCAUCAGAUCUCUGAAGCUUUAGUUGAGACAAGUGUUGGGUUUGAGACAGCAACAAUGGCUGCUGCUGUCAAGAAGAAGAGAGGACAAGGUGAAGUUAUGGUUGUUGGACAGAAACAGAUUGUUCACAGAAAAUCUAUUGAUACUUUUGGACAACGAACUUCUCAAUACCGAGGCGUUACAAGACAUAGAUGGACUGGUAGAUAUGAAGCUCAUCUAUGGGACAAUAGUUUCAAGAAGGAAGGUCAUAGCAGAAAAGGAAGACAAGGUGGUUAUGAUAUGGAGGAGAAAGCUGCUCGAGCAUAUGAUCUAGCUGCACUCAAGUACUGGGGUCCCUCUACUCACACCAAUUUCUCUGUGGAGAAUUAUCAGAAAGAGAUUGAAGACAUGAAGAACAUGACUAGACAAGAAUAUGUUGCUCACUUGAGAAGGAAAAGCAGUGGUUUCUCUAGGGGUGCUUCCAUCUAUAGAGGAGUCACAAGACAUCACCAACAUGGAAGGUGGCAGGCUCGGAUCGGUAGAGUCGCCGGAAACAAAGAUCUCUACCUCGGAACUUUUGGUAAUUUUCAUUUAAUAAUUAUCGUCUAUUUAAUAGCAAUUUUAAAUAGCUUGUAUCUCACGGAAUGUUUUUUAACAUUGUUAGGAACUCAAGAAGAAGCUGCUGAAGCCUAUGAUGUAGCAGCCAUUAAGUUCCGUGGCACAAACGCUGUGACUAACUUCGAUAUUACAAGGUACGACGUUGAACGCAUAAUGGCUAGUAACACACUCUUGUCUGGAGAGUUAGCUAGAAGGAACAGUAACAGCAUCGUGGUCCGAAACAACAACGACGAGGCAACCGCUGUAAACGCUGUCGUGAACAAAGAAGUGAGUAGUCCCGAGAGGGUUUUGAGCUUCCCGGCGAUUUUCACGUUGCCGCAAGUUGGUCAGAAGAUGUUUGGAGCUAAUGUGGUUGGAAACAUGAGUUCUUGGACUACGAACCCUAAUGCUGAGCUCAAGGCCGUGUCACGUACUUUGCCUCAGAUGCCGGUUUUCGCUGCGUGGGCUGAUUCUUGAUCUAAUCUAGUGGUUAACUCUGGUUUUCUUGGUU